GCGCCGGGAGAAUUCUCCCGACUAACUUUUCCCUCCCUAUUCAAGCUGCUUGUUUAGGUGUUUAAAAUCACAAAUAUAGUCGAGAAAAUCCGUAAUGUAUAAAUGUACAACUCACUCCUUGCUGAAAACAGUGACUGUUGGGUUUUAACAGUUUCGCUUCGAUAAACAGUUGUGGAUAUGGUUGACGCUGGGAUGUCGAAUAUUACGACUGGAGAUGACUUGUCCUCCAAAGAGCCAGGUGAGAAGAAGCGAGACAGCGAGAAGAAGAAGAAGAGGUCUCGAGUCAAACAGCUGCUGGCAGAUGUGAAGAAACAAAUCGAGUUCUGGUUUGGUGAUGUAAACCUCCACAAGGACAGAUAUCUGAAGAACGUCAUCAUGCAAUCAAGAGAUGGCUAUGUUGAUAUAUCUGUCUUAACAACGUUUAACAGAAUGAAAAAGUUGACCACGGAUAGCAAGCUGAUCGCUCGAGCGCUCAGAAAUUCAGAAGUGGUCGAGGUUAAUCUUGAAGGAACACAGAUAAGGAGGAAACAGCCACUCGGGGUCAGCCCAGGAGAUGUAGAUGACCGCACAGUAUAUGUUGAACUUCUACCAAAAGAUGUUACCCACGCUUGGAUAGAGCGCGUGUUUAAUAAGUGUGGGAAUGUGGUGUACGUCAGUAUCCCCAGGUACAAGUCUACAGGCGACUCCAAGGGCUUUGCUUUUGUGGAGUUUAAGACUCAAGCACAAGUGCAGAAAGCUGUUGAGAUGCUGAACAACCCUCCAGAGGAUGCCCCGAGGAAAGCAGGCAUUUUUCCCAAGACCAUGGCGAGAAAACAGAUUCCUUUUCAUAUAGUCCAAGACAGCACAAAAGAUGAAGAUGAAUGGAGAGGAGAUGAUGAUGAGGAUGGAAAGAAAAAGAAGAAAAAGAAAAAGAGAGCACGCAGUGAGCAGAAAGAUGAUUUUGUUGAAGAAAUGGUAACUGAGAAGGUGAGUGAAAAGGAGCACGCUGCUGAGACUGAAGCAGUUGGCAGGAAAAGAGCACAGUCUUCAGAGGGCACGGAGAUGGAGAGUGGGACUGCCAUCAAAAAUUCACAGAAGAAGGCAGAUAAGAAAAGACGCCGGUCACACAGUUUAGAACUGUCUGGAGGAGAAGGCCAAGUGGAGAAGCCCGCAAAAAUGAGGAAAGUGGAUGAGGAGGCGAGUGAUGUGAAGGAAAUGUCAUCUGAGACCAAUAAAGAAAAGGAAAUGGAGGAUGGAAAAAAGGAUGAGAAAGAUGAUUCCAUAUUAAAGACCAAGAGGAAGAGAAAGAAGAAAUAUAAGGAGAGACUGAAGAUUGAGGAAGAGGUUAUUCCUCUCCGAGUGCUCACAAAGAAAGAGUGGUUGGAGCUGAAGAAAGAGUAUUUAGCGCUCCAGAAGCAGUGCAUGGCCAGUCUGAAGAAGAAUAUUUCUGACAUCCAAAAAACAACGGCAUGUGACAAUCAACAAACUAUUGAGGAUGGUGGAAAAGCCUGGGGUGAUUGUAAACCUAAAAAAGAAACUCCUGAUGGGCCGAAGUUUGAGAGUGGGGUCAUCCUCAAAAUCACCCACAACCAGCCUUUGCCUAACAAAAAAAGUGUGAAGGACAUCCUGUCUGAGAUAUCCACAGUGCAGUACGUGGACAUUGUGGAGGGAGAUGCUGAGGGUUAUAUCCGCUUUAAGACUCCUGAGGAUGCCAAAGCUGUCAUCGCAGCUCGUCCUGAACUGCAGAAAAAGCACAACUGGAAUCUGGAUGUCCUGACUGGUGAUCAUGAACAAAGGUACUGGCAGAAGAUACUGGUUGAUCGACAAGCUAAACUGAAUCGACCCAGAGACAAAAAGCGAGGCACAGAAAAGCUUAUUUCCAAGGCUGAGAAAAUCAUCAUCGCUCGGACCAAAGAGGCAAAUAAGCACAUCCAUUUUGAUGAUGAUUAACCUUUGUAACCAUUUAUUUUUAAAUUUGCAUUGCCAGAGUAAUGUUAACAUAAUUCUUUUUUUUUUCCCUUGUUUUUGCCCACAUAAUUGGUUUGUUUUAAAUGACAUGAAUCUUUCAUUUAAAUAAAUAUUAAAAUAUUUGAAUGUUUUUAAAGCUGAUAAUGGUAAAAGUGUCUAAGUCUGC